AUGAAAUUAAAAAUUAAUAUUAGACCAAACGAAAUAAUAUUUUUAAUUUGUAUAGUUGUAAUAUUUUCAUUUUCAUAUACAUUAACAUAUUUUGAUAGUCCAAUUUUUAAAGAACAUUAUAUUACAAACAAUGGUAAUGAUUUUGGAGUUGAAAAUCAUUUUGUAACUUAUCAUUCAACUUACAAAGAAGAUAUUCACAAAAGAAUAAUUGACCCACACCAUGGAUUAAUUCAAGAGAUUACAAAAACAUUUUAUCCAGUUUCUUCUCCACUUGAAAAAUUAUUUUCAUUCUCUGAUAAUAUUUUAAUUGUUCUCAUAAUAGUUCAAGUAAUAGUUGGUUUCUUAAUAUUUUUAUUAUCUGUUGAAAAAUUAAGUAAAUGCAAUUAUCAAUUAAAAUCAAUAUUUUCAACAAAAUCAACAUUUUAUAUAAAUAAUAAUAAUAAUAAUAAUAAUGAAGAUAUAAAUAAUAAUAAUAACAAUAAUAAUAAUAAUAAUAAUAAAAAUAAAAAUGAUGAACGUAAUAAUGAAGAAAUUGAAGAUGAAGAAACAAUUAGAAAAGAAAAAAUAUUAAUUAUUAAGAAAAAAAGAGAUAUUUUAUUAGCAAUAAUUAUAUUCUUUUUAGUAUUGUUAGGAGUUUUAACAAUUAUUUAUGUUUCAUUUAUACCAUUAAAUAUUAGAAAAGCAUUCAUUGGACAACAAUUUUAUUAUAAAGGUUCAAUCGAUCCAUUAUGUGCUGACAUAUCAAAUGAAGGUGAUCAUCACAUUGGUAAAUGUAAAUCAUUAAAUGGUAGAAUUGGUAAUGUUAAUGAUAAAAUUUUUGGAUAUUCAUGGAGUUUAGAUUCUGGAUUAUUUAAUGUUAAAAUUGUAUUUUUCUCAACUAUUUUAAUUGAAUUUUUAACCGGUUGUUUAAUAUUAUUAAUGAAAUUUAAAAAAGAUCCAAAUAUUGUACCUUUAACAAAACCAUCAAUUGCAUCACCAACUCAAAUCCCACAUUUAUUCUGUAUUGCAAAAUAA